AUGGUGAAGGAAACAGUGUACUAUGAUGUUCUUGGUGUCACUCCUUCUGCUUCUGAGGAAGAGAUUCGUAAGGCUUAUUACAUCAAGGCAAGACAAGUUCAUCCUGAUAAGAAUCAAGGUGAUCCUCUUGCUGCUGAAAAGUUUCAGGUUCUUGGUGAAGCUUAUCAGGUUUUGAGUGAUCCUGUUCAUCGUGAAGCGUAUGAUAAGACUGGAAAAUUCUCAGCUUCCAAAGAAACAAUGGUUGAUCCAACGGCUGUUUUCGCGCUUCUAUUCGGAAGUGAACUAUUCGAGGAUUAUAUCGGUCACUUAGCUGUUGCAUCAAUGGCUUCCACUCAAAUAGCUUCUGAUAUCGAAAACUCUGAUCAGAUUCAUGACAAAUUAAAGGCUGUUCAGAGAGAAAGAGAAGAAAACCUCGCGCGGUUUCUCAAAGAUUUUCUAAGCCAAUAUGUCCAUGGAGACAAAGAAGGAUUCAUACGCCGCGCAGAAACCGAAGCCAAGAGGCUAUCUGAAGCAGCUUUUGGAGCGGAUAUGUUGCGUACAAUUGGAUAUGUUUACACAAGACAAGCAGCUCAAGAACUUGGGAAGAGAGCUCUUUACUUAGGAGUUCCAUUUGUAGCUGAAUGGGUUAGGAACAAAGGACAUUCUUGGAAAUCACAGAUUAGUGCAGCUAAAGGAGCAUUUCAGUUACUUCAGCUUCAAGAAGAGAGUAACCGAAGAAUCAAGAAAGACGGUAAUGGUCCAGCAAAUGACUUGGAGUCUCAUAUUCAGACUAACAAAGAAACACUCAUGGGAUCUUUGUGGAAACUCAAUGUGGUUGACAUUGAAGUUACUCUGUUACAUGUGUGUCAAAUGGUAUUGCACGAAAACAACUUAAGAAAGGAAGAGCUUAAAUCUCGAGCAAUGGCUCUCAAGAUUCUUGGAAAGAUUUUCCAGCAAGAAAAGCAAUCGAGGAACGGCGCAACAUCAAGAAGAGAAGAAGAAGACAGUGAUGACGACGAUGACAGUAGCAGCGAUGACGAUUCUUCGCAACGGCUUUCAUACAGAACUCCUCUGCUCACUCAGGGGAUUGGUAGACUCUUCAGAUGUCUCUGUAAUCCAGCAUUUGAUGUAGACGAUGAUGAAAUUGUAUACAAAGGCAAAUGA